AUGCCUACUACGUACACCAAGGUCGAGAAGAUCACAGACGCUGCAGCAGUCAAAAGUGCCUACAAACCCACUCACCCAGGUUUGUUCGAGGUUGUCUAUGCAGAGGGCGAUUACAACUCCAAGCUAGUGGCGUGCAAGCCAUAUGUCAAGGGCGAGAUCAUCUGCAAGGUCGAGGGCGUGACCCCUGGACCCAAGAAAUAUACCAGCGUUCAGGUCGGAAAGGAAGAUCACAUUGAGUUUAAUUCGGAUCUCGUGUUCAUGAACCACUCCUGCAACCCUACUGUCUCCUUCGACACUGAUGCUAUGACUGUAGUCGCUGUCACCGACUUGAAGGAGGGCGAUAACAUGACCUUUUUCUAUCCCUCAAGCGAGUGGGAGAUGGAUCAACCUUUUACCUGCUGGUGCGGUGCUGAGCAGUGUGUGAAGAACGUUCAGGGUGCCAAGUUCUUGUCCAAGCAAACGAUGUCCCGGUACUUUGUCACCAAACACAUCCAAGAGCUUUUGGACGAACGCGGCGAUGCUCCUGCCAUCAAGGCUUAA